UCUAAUGCAGGUUUCAAUUGAAAUUGCAACUUGGACUCACAAUAAUCAUGGACUAUUCGAUUAUGAAUCAAAAGAACUAAAGACUUCUAAAUUAAAUGUAAAAAACACAACAAACUUAAUUUUAAAUGGUAUAUUCAUCUAAUUUAUAUUAUAACAGAAGAUAAUUCUGACACAAUAGUCUAAUCUGAUAAAUUUUAUGGGGAUUGUAUUGGCUCAAUAAGUUUUGAAGGCAAUGCUAUAUGUAAAUAGAUAAUGCAUUUGUAGAUUUUUAAAGUAAUUCAGAAUUUUAAGAUGCUUAUGUGAAAUUAGACCCAAAAUAAAAACAAUAGUUAUUAGUCGGUGAUCUAUUUAAAUUUGGAAGAAUGUAAAAGUUACCCUAAAUACAAGGGAAUAUUUUGUAUCUGAGUUGAACAAUGGCGAUAAAGUAAUGAUGGCCGAAGAUCAUUAUAAUUUAGAAAGACAUAUUAAAAUAUAAAAGAAAAAAGACCCAAGACAGUGCAGGUUUUGUUUGAUGGACGAUUAAGAAGAAACCGAAGACCCAAAAAAUCCAUUUCUCCAAGAUUUAUGUAGUUGUAAGGGAUUAAUGGCUUAUGUUCAUUUUGAAUGUUUGAAGUCAUGGGUUAAUUUUCAAAAUCGAAUAUCAUGCAAAUAAACGUAGAAUACUGUUCAAUAUCAUUGGAAUAAAGUCUUGGAAUGUGAUGUAAGUUAUUCAAAUUCAGGUAGGUUUGCAAAGAUCCCCUUCCGGCUCGUGUUUAUAUUGAAAAUCAACCAGAACCCCUUCAAAUGAUACAGGUCGAAAAAUUAGAUGGUCCUUACAUUAUUCUUGAGUAGAUUACACGCCAGGAGAGUCUAUCAAAAAGUCUGACUUUUAUGCAUGCUUUUGGGACAUGUUCUGUUUCAAUUGGCAGAGGACACAAUAGUGAAAUCAGAUGUUAAGAUAUCUCAGUCUCAAGAAAUCAUGCCAACAUCUCAUAUGAAAAGUUCUGGUACAUAUAAGAUCAAGGCAGCAAAUUUGGAACUCUGAGGAUCAUUUAAAAUAAACUACAAUUACUAAAAGAAGUUUAAGAAAUAUAAAUAGGAAGGGUCUUGCUUAAAAUUAAAAUAAUUUGA